GGAAACAUACAAAGCUUAACGCUUCCUCCGUAUAGUCACAAUUAAAACGUAUCAAGCUAAAUAGAUUUUUUGUACAGUUAAGAUUUAGGUCUUUAUACAUGUAUGAUUUUAGAAAUAUGGAAGUUAAAAAAUACGUUCCACCGGUUUAGGAAGUGUGGUAAUACCAGUCGGACUUGUGUGGUUUCUUUCCGGAGGAUAAUAGAGAAAGGAGUUUCGAAAUACAGUUUUGUUGUGAGAGUUUCUCUCCGAAGCUGUUUGAACAAAAUGGGGAACUUUAGAGCAUUUCUGAGCACAACACUGGUCUUCCUGAUAUUCGAGUUGUGUCUGGUGUGCUGCGAUAUAACUGAUGGAAACGCAGAACAUCUGAAGAGAGAGCACUCUUUAAUGAAACCUUACCAAGGUGUUGGCAGCAGCCCUACCAGUCAGUGGGACUUCUGGGGAAGCACUUUGGUGACAAGCUCAUAUGUCCGACUCACUCCAGAUGAGAGAAGUAAGCAGGGAUCCAUCUGGAAUACUGUGCCGUGUCACUUGAAGGACUGGGAGAUGCAUGUGCAGUUUAAAGUUCAUGGAUCAGGAAAGAAGAAUCUUCAUGGCGACGGCAUUGCUAUCUGGUACACAAAGGACAGACUGCAUCCAGGCCCUGUGUUUGGAAACCAAGAUCAGUAUCUUGGCCUGGCUAUUUUUAUGGAUACCUUCCGCAAUGACCUCCAUGGAAUGGAUCGUUCCUUCCCGUACAUUUUGGCUAUGGUGAACAACGGCUCAGUGAGUUACGACCACGGCAAAGAUGGCCGAUCGUCUGAGCUGGGAGGCUGCUCGGCUGAGAUCAGGAACAGAGAGCACGACACGUACCUCGCCAUUCGCUACUCCAAAGGAAGACUCACUGUGAUGGUUGAUGUGGAUGACAAGAAUGAGUGGAAGGAGUGCAUCGACAUCGGAGGUGUUCGUCUUCCUACCGGAUAUUUCUUUGGUGCCUCAGCAGCCACAGGAGAUCUGUCUGAUAACCAUGACAUCAUCUCUAUGAAGCUCUACCAGCUGAUGGUAGAACACACCCCCGAGGAGGAGAACCUGGACUGGACCAAGAUCGAACCCAGUGUCAGCCUCCUCAAGUCCCCUAAAGACAACAUUGACGAUCCUACUGGAAACUUCAGAGGCACACCCCUCACUGGCUGGAAGGUCUUCCUGCUUCUGCUCUGUGCUCUGCUGGGAAUCGUAGUGUGCGCUGUGGUGGGAGCUGUAGUUUUCCAGAAGAGACAGGAGAGGAACAAGAGGUUUUACUGAGGAGAGAGUAGAAAGAAGAAUCUUAUCAGAGAGGUGUUUGUUUUGGAAUGAACUGUUUCCAGAUGACAGAUUGAGCACAUUCAAUGUGAAUUUUUUUCUAAAGAUUGUACAAAUGUUUAUAUCUUUUGAAGCACUGUGUUGGGAGUGAUGCUAGUACCUUGUGAUGUUGGUGCAGAACUAGUGCCGAUCAUUAUGAGUGACCUUGAUCAAUGCUGUUUUUGUUUUGUUUCCAAGUGUUCAUUAAUUGCAAAUGCAAUUGCAAACUCUGAGUUUUUCAGUUUCUUAAAAGAUUGUGUUAACAUCUGCUUAUCGGUUAAACAGGUCUCUCCAGCCCUUUUCAGCUUUUCUCUGUUGCAGCUGUGACCCUACAAAAUGGUGAACUUUGGCACCAAAUGGUAAUUUUGAUUUUUUUUUUUUUAUUUAUUUUUUUUUAUUUUGUCUUCCAGGCCGUUUUACCUGAUUAUUUAUUGGAAGAAGAAAGUAGCUACACAUAGAAAAAGUUAAAUUUAAAAAAACAUCAUCAUGAACCAUCCAAAUUAAAGUUGAGCGCAUUAGCCUGUGUUUUAAUCCGCGGAAAGAGUUGUGUUACUGUCGCUCUCAUUCUGACAUUUAGAGAAUACAAUUUUGCUUGUUAGCAAUUUUAAAAUAAUUAAGAAUUAAUUAAAUUUGAGUUACAACAUGGACUCCACUAUAUAUUUAAUAAAGAACAGAAUGCAGUGGUUAUCAAGGAGGAUACAUUAUGGAAUAGGUAUUCUUGUCAGAAACCACUGUAUGUAUACAACAGUAUUGAAUACUUAAUUAUCCUAAAUUUUGUCUCUUUUUUUGUUUUAUUUUAAAUUGGCAAGAUAAGCGCAGUGCAGAACAACCUUUGCAAUCACAGCUCAGCAUCAAAGAUCACCUGUCAGUACCAUGAUGUCUUUCUAUUGAUGGAGUUAGGUUUUUUCUGUCUGCUCAGCCAUGUUAACUAUCUCUGUUCAUGCUGCCAACACGGUUCUUCUGUUUAUUUGUUUGAGUGAUAAUGUGAAACACCAGGGGAUUCAGUGUUUUAUAGUGGAGGUGGGUGACCUCGCCUGAAAUACAGACCACUAGGGUUGCAUCUAACAACUAUUUAAUCACUCAGUCAGGUUCUUAAUCAUUUGGUCCAGAGAAUGUAAUUGAAAAAUUCCCAUCACAGCUUCCUAAAUCCCAAGUUGACAUAUAUUCAAUAUUAUUUGCUUGUUUUAUCCAACUAACUAAUCGACAACCAAAGAGAUUCAGUCUCAUAGAAAACUAGCAAAUAUUAACAUUUGAGAAGCUGGAACCAGAUACUUAUGGGCAUUUUUGCUUGAUAAACGAUUUAAUGACAGAUUUGUUAUCAAAGUAGUUGCUGAUUAACAUUCUAUUGAUCAACUAAUUGAUUAAUCAACUUGUUGUUUGAGCUCUACAGUCUGCCUCAUUAUACUUAGUAAAUGACGACCUAAACAGCCACAUUCAUUAACUAAAUUGAUCAUGAAAUGAGAUGCAUCAGGAUCUGGGUGGCUUGCCACCUCUGCUAAAUCCUUAACACUUCACUUCUUGUUUAACUGAACAAAGAAAUAUCAGAUUCCACAUGGCCAGAAAUUGUUAAGCUUUACAAACUGGCAGAAUGUUGAAUCACUGCUGUGUUUUAUCACUGAUAAAGAGAUUAUCGAUAAAGAAUCAAAUCGGCAUUGAUCUGAAAAUGUUAUCAUCGACACUCAUUAUCUCUGUAACGGACAGCGGUGUGAUGGCAUAUUCUUGACACAAACAGUAACAUUUUGCAUCAUGUUAUUAUACCGUUUAAAGUCUGGUAUAUAUGACUGACAAUUUGGGAAGCUCUUACUACUUAAAACGUCUCCAUAGUUUAAUACAACAGGAUAAGGCCACUUGAAAGAGUUCAGUGAUGGAUCUUGAAAACUGAACAACCUCAACCCUUUACGCUGAAGUAUUUUAUGCCUUUUUUCCCCUUUUCCCUGCAGGGUCUUUUGAGCAGCAUUAUGGGGUUUUAUCCAGAAUAUGCCUUUCUUAUUUUUCUAAGUGUUUUCAGUUAAAAUGCUAAAUUGUGGGGAGGGGGAAAAAUGGUGAUUCGAUUGAAUUAUUAUGUAUACUGAAUGUUAGAAUCAUUAACUGCAACAUAAAACAAGUGUGAUUAAUAAAUGCACGCAGACAGUGCUAAUUAUAAAGCUCAUUCAAAUUUAGAGUAGAGGAGUUGUUGAACCUUGGGGUCCAUGAAUUGAUUGUUUGAAGGCACAGUUACAAUAACAAACCUGUCUUUAAUUUCUUUCAAUAUCAUGUUUCUUUGUUGGUUUUCUUUUAGAUUUCAUUUCUUUGGUUCUGUCCUUUAUGUUGUUUAAACAACAAAAAUGCUAAAAGUAAAAUUAGCGAUUUGAUGACACACUUGUUCUUUCAUUACUGCUGAAAUGCUGAUUUUUAAAACAUUUUCUUUUUUACUCCUUUAGCUUGAAUCAGCAAUUUUAUCUCACUUUUCCUGUGUUCUUGAAACGUUCUGUAUUUGUUUCUGCCACAUCAGUCAGUUUUGUGACGAGACUUGAAACAGCUCUUCUCAUCAUAAAUAAUGUAUUAAAAUGUAAAAGAAA